AUGUUCCAACAACCCUGGCUGAAGUAUGACUUCACAGUGCUGUGCCUCAACAGCACUGACUACGUGGUGGAGCAGUCACUAGAGAGCCGCACUGUGCCACGGACCCCUCCAGUCAGAAGAAUGUUCCUUCACACCCCUCCUUCUUCCCAUUCCCACCACAUCCCCCACCAGGAAGCGAGCUGUCCUUCUGAAUAUCUCCCACCCAAUGUUCUUCCACCCAACUCCGACUCACCUUCACCCUUCCCACCCGAAAAUCCCAAGCAUCAAGACAACCCUCCCAUCUAUGCACCCUCGUCCCUCUCCCCUCCCCCCAUUCCUCCUGGUGGCAACGGCACUACCGAACCCACAAACCCCCCAUCCUUGGGUACUAGUGCAUCGGGCCUCUCUACUGGCGCGAUUGUGGGGAUUGUGGUGGGGGUGAUUCUAGCAGUCGUUGGCGCCGUUGCUGUCGCAUUCAUCGUGAUUCAGUGUUGCAAACAGACAGAAGCCAUUGAGGUGGAAUACCCCUCUACUGCAGUAGCAGCAGCAUCAGAAUACCUAGUGAUGGGGGCAUACACUGCAGAAGACCAGUACUACAAGCCCUCGCAGGAAGCCAAUGCUGCCUACCAACCAGGUGCUGCUGCUAAAGUGUAA